ACAAAAAAGAAAAAGCUAUAGAGCGAUUGACUGAUGGCUUCGCUCUACCAGAGAUUCACAGGCAAGAUCAACACCUCUCGGUCUUUCCCGAUCCCCCCGGAGGCAAGUCAUCUUCUAGGUGGCCAGGGCACUGAGGAAGAGAACAGUGGGGCUGCGGGUAAAAACCCCCGGCCCCCAGUGCCGCCGGCACCCCAAGACCAUGGCGCAGGCGGCCGGCCGCGGUUCCAGUACCAGCCCCGGAAUGACUGUGAAGAGGAAGAUGAGCUGGUGGGAAGUAAUCCUCCACAAAGGAAUUGGAAAGGAAUCGCAAUUGCUUUGCUUGUUAUUCUGGUGAUCUGCUCCCUCAUUGUCACCUCUGUUAUUCUUCUCACGCCAGCUGAAGAUAACAGCUUGUCACAAAAGAGAAAGGUAACAGUUGAAGAUCUAUUCAGUCCAGACUUCAAAAUUCAUGAUCCAGAGGCUAAAUGGAUAAGUGAUAAAGAAUUCAUCUACAGAGAACAGAAAGGAACUGUGAUGUUGAAGAAUGUUGAGACAAAUAAUUCUACUGUAUUAAUAGAAAGCAAAAAAAUUGAAUCAUUAAAAGCUGUCCGAUACGAAGUGUCUCCAGAUCAAGAGUAUGCCCUCUUUUCUUAUAAUGUGGAACCGAUUUAUCAGCAUUCAUAUACUGGAUAUUAUUUCCUGAGCAAAAUUCCUUUUGGAGAUCCUCAAAGCUUGGAUCCUCCAGAAGUCAGCAAUGCAAAACUCCAGUAUGCAGGGUGGGGUCCUAAAGGUCAACAGUUGAUAUUUAUCUUUGAGAAUAACAUCUACUACUGUGCACACGUGGGGAAACAAGCAAUCCGGGUGGUCUCUACAGGGAAAGAAGGUGUCAUUUACAAUGGUCUCAGUGACUGGCUAUAUGAAGAGGAGAUUUUAAAGACUCACAUUGCUCACUGGUGGUCUCCGGAUGGGACCAGGUUAGCCUAUGCCACCAUCAAUGACUCCCGAGUGCCCAUCAUGGACCUGCCCACCUAUACUGGCUCUGUCUACCCCACAGUUAAGCCUUAUCAUUACCCUAAGGCUGGAUGUGAAAAUCCAAGCAUUUCUUUACAUGUCAUCGGUUUAAAUGGGCCCACCCAUGAUCUGGAAAUGACACCACCAGAUGAUCCAAGAAUGAGGGAUUACUACAUAACUAUGGUGAAGUGGGCAACAAGUACCAAAGUAGCAGUGAACUGGCUGAACAGAGCCCAGAAUGUAUCUAUUCUCACACUGUGCGAUGCCACCACUGGAGUUUGCACAAAGAAACAUGAGGAUGAAAGUGAAGCUUGGCUGCACAGACAGAAUGAAGAACCCAUCUUCUCCAAAGAUGGACGGAAGUUCUUCUUUGUUAGAGCCAUUCCCCAGGGAGGACGAGGAAAGUUCUACCAUAUUGGCAUGGCAUCUUCACAGCCAAAUAGCAGCAAUGACAACCUCCAGUCCAUCACCUCAGGGGACUGGGAUGUGACCAAGAUUCUGGCCUAUGAUGAGAAGAGAAACAAAAUUUAUUUCCUGAGCACGGAAGAUGAGCCUAGAAGACGACAUUUGUAUAGUGCUGACACUGAAGGCACCUACAAUAGACAGUGCCUCUCCUGUGAAUUGAUUGAGAAUUGUACUUACUUCAGCGCAUCCUUCAGUCACAACAUGGACUACUUCUUGCUGAAGUGUGAAGGUCCCAGAGUCCCCAUGGUGACGGUACACAACACCACUGACAAAAAAAAAAUCUUUGAGCUGGAAGUAAAUGCCCAUGUACAGAAGACUAUUAGUGACCGGCAGAUGCCUAAAAUUGAAUACAAAAGUAUUGAGAUCGAAGAUUACAACUUGCCAAUGCAGAUCUUAAAGCCGGCCACCUUCACUGACACUGCCCACUAUCCUCUGCUCCUGGUGGUUGAUGGCACACCAGGGAGCCAGAGUGUGACUGAAAAGUUUGAGGUCAACUGGGAAACUGUCAUGGUCAGCAGUCAUGGUGCCAUCGUGGUGAAGUUUGAUGGUCGUGGUAGUGGCUUCCAAGGCACCAAGCUCCUCCAUGAAGUGAAGAGAAAACUGGGCUCCCUGGAAGAGAAAGACCAAAUGAAGGCUGUGGGGACAAUGUUGAAGGAAGCAUACAUUGACAAGACUCGUGUUGCUGUGUUUGGGAAGGAUUAUGGUGGGUACCUGAGUACAUACAUUCUUCCAACAAAAGUAGAAAAUCAAGGUCAAAGCCAAGGUCCAGUUUUCACAUGUGGCUCAGCUCUCUCCCCUAUAACAGACUUCAAAUACUAUGCUUCUGCAUUUUCUGAAAGAUACUUGGGCCUCCUCGGAAUUGACAACAGAGCAUAUGAGAUGACCAGAUUAGCCCAUCGGGUAUCAUCCCUGGAAGAACAACAAUUCUUGAUCAUCCACGCAACUGCUGAUGAAAAAAUCCAUUUCCAGCAUACAGCAGAGCUCAUUGCACAUCUAAUUAGAGGAAAGGCUAAUUACAGCUUGCAGAUCUAUCCAGAUGAAAGCCAUUACUUUCACAGCUCCUCUCUGGAGCAACACCUCUACCAAUCCAUCAUCAACUUCUUUGUGGAGUGUUUCAGGAUUCAGGACAAACUGCCCACAGUCACAAUGAAAGAAGAGGAGGAGGAGGACUAA